AAUGAAUAAGCUCAACAAAGACUUAGUUGACCAAGUUAAUUACAAGCCUUCAAACUUGAAAAUUUCAGUCACACAUCACCCAGCUGACAAGACAAAUUCUAUAUACCACCCAGGGAGGUUUUCCUACCAAGCUUCGCCUAUAAAAUAAAUCUGUGAUGAUUAAUGAAGGCAGCUUGCAGAAAAUGCUAACGAAAAUAGAGGAAGGUCACAAAAACUUUGCUUCUAGUCCUGGUAAAUAAAUACAAGAAUUCUUCUAACGAGUCCAGCAUUUUAAGUAGCAGGGAUAGUCCUGGCCGCAAGAUGCAGAAAAAUAAAUAUCAAGGACUUCCAUCCAUGUCUAUCAGGAACAGACGUAUCCACAGAAACAACAAGUUGGGAGUAGACCUAUACAAAAAGAAAUAAGGUUGAAGUUAAAAUAGACAAGAUGAUCACGCCUUAUAAUCCUCAUUACAUGAUGUGCGAAAAUAUGGAGUUUAAUGAGUACUAUCUCGAAGCAUUGAAGGAUAUCAAGCAAUUCGAAAAAUAUAACCACAAGCUGUCUUCUUAUGAGAAACACAUGAUCCUUAACCAAGCUUCUAAAUAAACGCUGGACACAUAUAAUGGACUUGAUCUGUUCAGACAAGAAGACACAAACAGAAAUAAUGAGAAGAAUCUCUAAAUAAAAGACCAAAGCUUAAGAGAAUGAAGAGUCGACAGAACAAGUCAAGAGUACCUCCAAACCCAAAGGCUAUAAAUGUUCAUAAGACUUCAACUAAUUUGCACUUUGUCUCUCUUAAUAAGAUCAAGGAAGAAGACAAAGAUGAAAGCGGAGCUGGAGGACAAACCCAAAAGAAUGCUCAUUUCUUACUUGAUCCAUCAAGUCCUAUGAAGAGGCUUAAGAGUACUUAUCGGAUCCAAGACAUGAAUGACAUGAUAAAAAGGCUGAGCACGAACAAGGCACCUGAUCGGUAAUCUUUUAUCUCUCAUCUUUAAAUAGCUCAAUGACGGGUAUCUUAAGUCUAAUUCCUAGAUAAAGCUACAGAGUUGUCUUUCUCUCCCAAAUAACUCAAAUCUUGCCAAGGAAAAAUCUGGAAUAUGCUCAAAAUUGGCUUAUUAUAGGCAAUCUCGCAAGUGUAAACAGCCAUGGAUCUGAUACUCUCCCUCCCCAAAGAUAGUCUCAUACAAGAGCAAGAUAAGGUCAAAUGAAUCUCCUCUAUCCCGUCUUGAAGAAAAAUACCCAACAGAACAGAUUCUUCGGAAGAGAGUGGCUUCAUAUGAGAAGCUCCUGAAAUCGAGCCAGAUUUUUGAUAAAUACGAUAUUUACUCACCGAGCAGGAACAGGUUGUUCAGCCAACUUGAAACUUCAAUGCAUAGUCUGAAGUCACAAACUCCGUUCUUAGAAAGAACAUUUAAGAAGAA